UCUCUCUCCGUCUCUCAGCAAAGAAGGCGGGAAGAAACAAAAGCAAUUGGCGAGGGAAAUGCGAAUUUUGGAAAUCCGGCCUGCGGCCGGCGACUCCACCGGCGCCAAUAUCGUCACGCACGGCCAAAUAAUCGACGCCAUUGAGUCAUGCAUCCACCAGGUAGAGCUCCUGUCGCCGAAGAACCUCCAGCCGGAGCUCUCAGUAGCCCUGCGCUCCUCCCUCUCCCGCCUCUCGUCCCUCCCUCCGCUGCCAGAACCAGCCAAACUCCGCCUCUGGAAGCUCAGCUACCGUCUCUGGAAUGCCUGCGUGGAUCUCGCGAAUACCGCAGGGCACUCCGACUCCGACUGCGUGAGUCCCUCUUUCUACGAGGAGCACGCAAAGCUACGGCAGGUCGCGGCCGACCUAAUCACCUUCGCCGGGAGCAUUCCGGGGGUCCCCUCCGCGGACCUGAAAUCUGCCUCGUUUCUGCAGAAGACUGGCGUGUUGUGGCACGGACUGAGACGCUUCGACCUUGCCUCGGCGUGCUUCGACCGAGCGGCCGAGCUCGCGUCCAAGAUCGAGCCCGCUUCUAGCGAAGAGGAUCGCCGUUUCCUUCUGGACCUAAACGUGUCGCGUGCCGCCACCGCGUUCGAGUCUCCGUCCGGGCGCGUGCUGGCCCUCGCGUUACUCGGCCGAUCGAAGAAGCUAGUUGCCGGAGAUCCGGAUAAGCACCGGCUGCUCGCCGAGCAGUACUUUAGCUUUGGAAAGCAGCUUUUGGCUAGGGAUCAGAGUUCCGAGGCCGAGGAAUCGAUCAAACUCCUGAACGAGGCGUUGGACCUUAGCGAGAGAGGAAUCAAGAUCGCAGAGAGCGAGGACGAAACCGCCGCACUAAAAGAUCUGAGAGCGAAAACUUUGAGAUUCAUGGCGGCAGCGCAUUUGCAGAGCGAGGGCUACGAAGACGUGCUGAAGUGCGUAAAGGCGAUGAGCGAAACGGUGGGAGGGGGUGGAGACCACCCGAGUCUAGGGUUCCUAGCGAUGAAGGGGUAUCUAGGGCUGGGUCGGUACGACGAGGCGGAGAACGAGCUGAUGCAGAUGGCCGAGAAUUGUCGGAUACCGGCGGAGGUGUGCCUAUCGGCGGUGGAGGUGUUCAUGAAAGAGGCGGCGGAGAUUGGGGUGGAGGGAGCGAAGGCGGUCUUCAUGGGGCUGGUGGAGCGGGGCGCCGUGUGUCCGUCCGUCGCGGUGAGAAUAGUGGAGAGGGUGCUGGUAGGCGGGGGCCCGGUACGGGCGAGGCUGGCGGCGGAGUUGGCGUCGGAGGAGAGGGUGGUGGCUCUGUUCAGGGAGAACGGGGCGGGAAAGGAUCGAGCAGUGAUGCACGCCAUUCUGUGGAACCAGGGAGCAGAUCUCUUCCGUUGCAAAGACUACAAAACGAGCUCGCUAAUGUUCGAGAAGUCGAUGCUGUAUAUCCCAUACGACGCAGAGGGUAGGAGCCUUAGAGCCAAAUGCUUCAGGGUGCUUUGCCUCUGCUACCUGGCCCUCUCUCAGUGUGAUCGAGCCCAAGAGUACAUCAACGAAGCUGAUAAGCUCGAGGCCGGUAUCGUCUCUGCCUUCCUCAAGUUCAAGGUCAACCUUGAGAAGAAGGACGACGAUGGCGCCGUUGCCCAAAUCCAGUCCAUGACGAACUGCAUUGAUUUCGACCCCCAGUUCCUGACCCUCGCCUCCCACGAGGCCGUCGCCUGCAAAGCUCUCACCGUCGCCGUCUUCGCGCUAUCCGAGCUCCUGAAUCGAUGCACCUCUUCCUCCUCCUCCUCCUCCGACAUGCGGGAGGUCUCCAUCCUUCGCAAUGCCCUCGUCCUCCUCCUCCGCCUCCCGGAGAGGGAGCAGGACGCCCUUGUUCUCCUCAGGCGCGCAAGAGACCGAAUGGCCGAGCUCGGAGCAGAAAGGCUCUUCGGCAACCACAAGGACACGGGAGGCCGCGAGCUCAAAUGGUUUGCCAACCACGCCUGGAACAUGGGGAUGAAAGCCGGCAAGGACAGGUGCUACGCCAACAGCGCCGAGUUCCUGGAGUUGGCGUCCGAAUUCUAUUGCGCCAUAGAGAACGGUGACGAUGGCAUGGCAGACGGAGAGGAGAUGGCCUGCAAGUCGUUGAUACUUGCGGUAUCCGGAAUGCUCAACGCGGAGAACGAAAGUAAGUUGGCCAUGACAGACUGCGACGUGAGGAAGGCGCUGUUUCUUCUCGACAAGGCCGGAAAGAUUCUCUCAGCGAUCCUCAACAAGCAGUUCGCUGAAUCCACCAUUGAAGCCAACUUCGUUUUCCUCUACACAUUCAACAACUUCGAGUUAAGAGGCAGAAUCAACGACCCAUCAUCGCAGGUGCAAGCAAUCCAAAGUUACAUCAACACAAAGUUCUGCAUUGCCAAACACCUACUCCAACUUGGCCUUCACGCCGCAGAUGGUGCACGCGCCAACCCGGAAGCUGCGAAGUUGGCACUGACUACCUGCCUGAAGAUUGACCUUACAUCUCCCUCCCCAGACUACAGGACUGUCGCCCUUAUCCUUCGGAAACUGAUCGGAGUUUCCAUAUCUCGGAAGGGCAGCAGAGAAGAAGCAGAGGCAGCGGCCAUGGAAAUAUACCAGCAAGCGCAUCAGAUAAUCGUGGGGCUGCAAGGAGGAGAAUACCCAGUUGAGGAGGUGAAAUGGCUGUCCACCACAGCAUGGAACCGAUCUGGUAUGCAUGUGAAGCUUGGCCGUGUCACUGCAGCACAGAAAUGGAUGAAGAUGGGGCUGCACCUUGCGAAGCUUGUGCCAGAGAUGGAAGCGUAUGCUGUCUCUAUGAUCCAAUGUUUGGCUCAAUUUGAGAAGACUGAAGCUGGGUCAAUGGAAAGAGGAAGCGCGUGAGCCUCUGGCUUUGGAGUUUAGGUACGUUGUCUCUCACUGGCCUUUGCUUGUGCGGAAACUAGAAAGUCUGAUACGCUGUUACUAUAUGUCAAUUUGGCACCAGUUCAUCGACAGGAUCCACAUAUUCAUCGAAAAACGUGAAGAAGGAUCUUUGUGGUCUUUUGUAGAAUAAAAACCCAUAAUAUUGUUUUCAAUCAAAACUACCAUUUAAAGGUCAA